ACUCUACUAGCAGGCGGGGCGGCUGCUGCGGAGUUGCAUCGCCAGGCGGGACGCGGCGCCCUGGGGGAGGACGGCGGAGGGGACGCGGCGAUGUCUCCGCGGGGGCUCCCGGGGGCCGCCGUCCUCGCCGCCGCUGCCGUCUUCGUUGGAGGCGCCGUGAGUUCGCCGCUGGUGGCCCCGGACAACGGUGGCGGCCGCACAAUGCACUCCCGGACAGAGACGACCCCAUCGCCGCCCACAAACAACGCUGGCAACGGCCACCCAGAGUACAUCGCGUACGCACUCGUCCCCGUGUUCUUUGUCAUGGGUCUCUUUGGUGUCCUCAUCUGCCACCUGCUUAAGAAGAAAGGCUAUCGCUGUACCACCGAGGCUGAGCAAGACGCCGAAGAGGAAAAGGUGGAAAAGAUAGAAUUGAAUGACAGUAUCAAUGAAAAUAGUGACACCGUAGGACAAAUUGUCCACUACAUCAUGAAAAAUGAAGCAAAUGCAGAUGUUUUAAAGGCCAUGGUGGCAGACAACAGCGUGUGUGAUGCUGAUAGUCCUUUGACUCCCAGCACCCCCGGGAGUCCGCCUGUGAGCCCUGGGCCCUUGUCACCGGGAGGCACCCCGGGGAAGCACGUGUGCGGUCACCACCUGCACACGGUGGGCGGCGUCGUCGAGCAGGAUGUGUGCCAGCGGUGCCGACACAAGCGGUGGCACUUCAUCAGACCCACCAGCAGGCCCAGGGAGGGCCGGCCGCGGCGGCAAGGCGAGGUCACCGUCCUCUCGGUGGGCAGGUUCAGGGUUACAAAAGUGGAAAAUAAGGCAAAUCAGAAGGAGCGGAGAAGUUUGAUGUCCGUCAGUGGGACCGAAAGUGCCAACGGGGACGUGUCCAUGACUCCCGUGAAGAGAGAGCGAAGUGGCACGAAGUAGCAGCAGUGGCUUUCUAUGAAGACUUCUAAGAGACUGAAAACUUAGAAGAGGUGAAGUUGCUUAGGGAAUAUUUUUUAUACAUUUUAUAUGGUUUCUAUCAUGAAGUCAGCAAGCACCUGGAUAAAGCCCCAAAGUAGGGAAUAUUUUUGCUAUACUGGAUACAGAAUUCAGUUUGUUUUCCAACAAGUUUUGGUUUCAAAAGUCUGAGUGAAAAAUUGAUUACAGUUUCCGAGGAGGGAAAGAGCUUCCUGUUGAGCUUGUUGACCAUUCCCAGCCAGUUGCCCGUUCCUGGCGUUGGUAUGCACACUGCGGCUUUUCCCUGGGAAUCGCUGUGUAAGGUCCCGUGUAGCUGCUUGUGUAUAGCCUGGACUUGUGUUGGCGUGUGUGUGCGUGUGUGCAUGUGUGUGCGUUUGUUAUCCUAAAUCUUACAUCCCCCUUUGAGAUUGGUUGUGAUGUCUUUAUGUACACAGUCUGGCUGUUACAGAAGAUUUAUCUUUCAUGUCAUGGUCCUUGGAAAUACUCUAGUCCUGAGAAACUUAUUCCCUAACACGGUCAUAGAGUCACAUGCAACCAGAUUUGGAUUCCUGGACCAGAAAAACAAAAAAAUCAGCAUUAACUCCUGCUACCACUAUGCUGUGCGUAGGCCACUUGGAAAUUACUGAGAGAGCUUUGAAAAGAAAAAUUAAGCUGCACAAUUCUCAUUUGAAUAAGGGGAGAAAUGGUUAGAAGUCACUUAAGUUUUGUUUGGUUGGUUGUUUUGACAACCAGAGGUCAAAACAAGACAAGUCCUGCUUGUGCAAAACUGCAGGGGCCUCUGCAUGUCACGUUCACAUUCCUGCAUUCCACCUCAUAGCUAAUGCUCAGUAAGUCUUCCGAGUUGAAGUAGGAGGAUCGCAAGUUCAAGGCCUGCCUGGAUCACAGAGAGGGCAAGGUGAGUGUGGGCUGCUUACAAGGACCCUCUUUUAAAGUAACAGUGAAAAGAGGGCUGAGGUUAUACUCGCUCAGUGAUAGAGCCUUGUCGGCAUGGGGAUCUUAGCAGAGUCCUUCCCUGGAGGCCUGGAAAGCCAUUCUCUCUCGUCUCUUUCUAUGUCUGUCUGUCUGACUAUCUCUAUACUUUGCAUUUUAUGAAGCAUCUGAAAGGACAUAAAAGCAAAAAUAGGGUCUGGAGGGAUGGCUUAGCCCUUAAGGGACUUGUAAAGGCAAGGGACCCAGGUUUGAUUCCCCAGGACCCAUGUUAGCCUGAUGCACAAUGGGGGGGGGGCAC